UUGAUAAAAUGCUCCCAUCAGCAAUGGCUACGACGUGCUAUCAGCAUGCAACACUAGUGCUACUAUUACUAUGCGUAGUCACAUGUCCCACGGAGAGUCGAUACCGGGAAAAGGAUCCCAAGAAAUCGAAAUCUGCACAGCUGAGUCAGGUCCCUAUCAGUGAAACGGUGCCUUCUCUGUUGAACCUAUGUUCUGGAGAUCGAGAAAUGAAAAUAGUGUGCCACUGUAGUCCAGACGACCCUCAUGUAAAAGCUCAAAAAGCCAACUGCUGGAUAUUCAGCAAAGACCUAUCACGGAAGGAUCCCAAUUGGUUGGCAUUCCAAACUCAAACGACGGUAGAACAACUAAAGAUAACAGUUCAAAAGAUUGGCAACCUAACCUACAUACCUUCAGAUGUUCUGAUAACGCUCAAAUAUCUUAAACAACUUACAAUAGAAUACGGAAUGAUAACUAAUCUGUCAGAGUACGCGUUCGGUAAUCUAACAGAGCUGCGAAACCUUACGCUUCACAAGAAUCAGAUCCGACUGAUACAUCCAUUUGCAUUCGCCAACCAUCCAUUCCUAGAGGAGAUCAACCUGGAGCGGAACGAAAUCGUUGACCUAGACAAAACAGCCCUGGUGAACUUGCCACAGUUGAAAAAACUCAAUUUGGACUUCAACAAUCUGACGAUCCUACAUGCGGACGCAUUCGUAUUCCUAACCAACUUGGAAGAACUGAACGUAGAAUCCAACCAAGUGUCGCUGCUUACACGGGAAAGCUUCAAAGGACUGGGAAAUCUGCGGUUCCUGAAGCUGUCGGCGAACAACAUCGGCUACAUUGGCGAUACUGUAUUCGCAGAACUGUGGAGUCUGCAGGAGCUGUACCUGGACAGUAAUCAUAUUGAGAAAGUAUCGGCUCGUGCCUUCGAUGGAUUGAACAAUCUGCGGACGCUGAAUUUGGAAAACAAUCGACUGACUCGGCUGGAGCGAGGCAUUUUCACCGGAGUGCCAGCCGUUCUGACGUUAAAUCUCAACUCGAACCAGCUGGAAACGAUCACCUACUACAAUUUUCUGCCCCUGAUGGAUAACUUCGUCAACAGUUCGGCGGUGCUGUAUGUGAGAGCAGGCUUGCUGGGAGAUUCACCGGCCGAUGGUUCGGCUGGCACCACGACGCUGUUCACAUUAGAGGCACCCAAUAGUUCCUCCGGUUUACUGUCAUUUUUGGUUAGCACCACCAUACCCGGCAUGGGAUCUGAUUGUGCCACGAGACCUUUGACGACAACGUUUGCAAAGGAUCCUGUAGCCGGCUCGAGAAGGCGAGCGAACCAAUCUGCUAGGGCGUUCGGGUUUGGAGAGAACAAGUAG